UGUGAUUCGCUGGUAAUGAUUGAUGCUGCCGUUUAUGCCAUAUCUCCGAUGAACCGCAGGCUACAUCGCGCGGCUGUCAUGGUUAUUUUAGCGGAUUUGUACAGAAAUAUUUUCAUCCUCUAGUUCAGUUGACACACACACACGAGCCUCUCCGCGUGCAGAGGGCUCGCGACCAGCUGUGCGACGCGGCGCUGCCUCCCGGUCGAGCGGCGGCAGGACGAUGGCACUGCGUUGGACGGUCUUUCUGUAUUUGUCCUCGGUGGUCUAUUAAGAUUUUAAUUAGCUGGUAACAUAACAUACGUUUGACGUUUACGACGGGCUGAUGUGGGAGCGACCAUAAACGCACCGCUCUGAUUAUGGAAAGGGAGUCCAGGUUUGAAGACCUCUGAUCAAAUUGGCUCUACGGCCUGCCAGGCAGCCAAUCAGAUACCAGCCAGGCUCACCAAGGGGGGAGACCAGCAGUGAGCACUGGAAGACCCUCUUACCGCACCCACAGUGCUUCACCCAUCCAACUCCAUUGUCACCACCAUGUCUAUACCCAGCAGCAGCCCAGAAAGAGAGGGCUCUAGUGGGGCUCCCCCUCAGCUAGAGUGCCCAUCUUCCCCUCCCGGCAUGGACCCAGACCCCCCAUCAACUGGGAGCCCAGUGCUCAGCCCAGACUCAUCUUCCCAUGAUGCAGUGCUGUCCGCACCGGCAGCCUCCCCAGCAGACUCAGAGAACCUGAGUCCUGAUGAACUGGAGCUGCUGGCCAAACUGGAGGAGCAGAACAGGUUGCUGGAGGCUGAUUCCAAAUCCAUGCGGUCGAUGAGCGGUUCACGGCGCAACAGCGGCUCCUCACUAGUGUCCAGCUCCUCGGCCUCCUCCAACCUGUCACACCUGGAGGAGGAUACCUGGAUCCUGUGGGGCCGCAUCGUCAACGAGUGGGAAGAGUGGAGGCGCAAGAAGGACAAACUCCUGAAGGAGUUGAUCAGGAAGGGCAUCCCUCACCAUUUCCGUGCCAUCGUCUGGCAGUUGCUGGGCAACGCCACUGACAUGCCAGUGAAGAACCAAUACUCAGAGCUGCUAAAGAUGUCAUCGCCCUGUGAGAAGCUCAUCCGCAGAGACAUCGCCCGCACCUACCCCGAGCAUGAGUUCUUCAAAGGGCAGGACAGCCUGGGGCAGGAGGUCCUCUUCAACGUCAUGAAGGCGUACUCUCUGGUGGAUCGAGAGGUGGGCUACUGCCAAGGCAGUGCGUUCAUUGUUGGUCUGCUGCUUAUGCAGAUGCCCGAGGAGGAGGCGUUUUGUGUUUUUGUGCGCCUGAUGCAGGAGUACCGUCUAAGGGAGCUGUUCAAACCCAGCAUGGCUGAACUGGGCCUCUGCAUCUACCAGUUUGAGUAUCUGCUACAGGAGCAACUUCCAGAGCUGAACGUCCAUUUUCGAUCCCAGAGUUUCCACACAUCUAUGUAUGCCUCUUCCUGGUUUCUCACCCUUUUCCUCACCUUCCUUCCCCUGCCUGUCGCCACGCGCAUCUUCGAUAUUUUCAUGUAUGAGGGUCUAGAGAUUAUCUUCCGUGUGGGCCUGGCCAUUCUGCAGUACAACCAGACUGACCUCAUUCAGCUGGACAUGGAGGGCAUGUCCCAGCAUUUCCAGAAGGUGAUCCCCCACCAGUUUGACAGCUGCCCAGACAAGCUGAUCCUCAGGGCCUACCAGGUCAAAUACAACCCCAAGAGGAUGAAGAAACUUGAGAAAGAAUACACCACGAUCAAGAACAAGGAAAUGGAGGAGCAAAUUGAGAUCAAGAGGUUACGCACAGAAAACAGGCUGCUAAAGCAGAGGAUUGAGACGCUGGAGAAGGAGAGUGCCGCUCUUGCAGACAGACUGAUACAGGGUCAGGUGACAAGGGCGCAGGAAGCAGAGGAGAACUACGUGAUCAAGCGGGAGCUGGCGGUGGUGAGGCAGCAGUGCAACACAGCCAGCGAGAGCCUCGAGAAGGCGCAGGACACCAUCAGAGAGCUGCAGCAACAGAAGUACACAGAUCAGUUUGUGAGCUCCCUGCAGACCCAGCUGGAGCAGUCCAGACUGCGCGAGGCUGAACUGCUGGGAGCACUGAAGGAAAUGCAAGACAAGGUCCUUGACCUGGAGAAGAGAAGCACGUGCCUGCCUGAUGAGAACAACAUGGCGGCUCUGCAGGAGGAGGUGAAGCAGAUGAAGCUGAGAGAGCUGGAGACCCUGCGUUCAUUCAGAGAGAUGCAGGACACUGUCACUGAUCUCAACCAACGCUGGCAGCAUCACAUGUCCCGUGGCAGCAGCACAGGUGGUGGGGGCGGCCACUGGAAAGAAUCCCCGAAAAAGAACGCCAUGAACGAGCUGCAGGACAAACUGAUGACAGUCAGACUGAGGGAGGCCCAGGCUCAGGCUGAGCUCCGAGAGGUCAAGCUCAAAGCCCUGCAGCUGGAGAGCCAGAACCAGAUCCACAGCAAGCUGAUUGGUCGCAACGAUCAGGAACGCUCCGCCCUGCAGGACCGGCUCCAGAUGUUGGCCAAUCAGAACAAAGCUCUCCAGGCCCAGCUCAACGAGAUGAAAAGGAAGCAGGCCGAGUCUGACUGCAAGAGUAAAGAGGAGGUGAUGGCGGUGCGACUGAGGGAAGCAGACAGUAUGGCUGCCAUGGCUGAACUCAGGCAGAAGAUCGCUGAUCUCGAGAUACAGAAAGAGGAGGGGCUGAUCCAGGGCCAGCUGAACCACUCAGACUCCAGACAGUACAUCAACCAGCUCCGGGACCAGAUCGCUGAGCUCAAGAAUGAGGUCAGGCAAUUACGAGGGCAGAAGGCAGCCCCCAGCAGUGGAGGUGGAAGUACCAACUAUCAGGAUCUCUGUCUGGCUAGUCCCGCCUCUGCCGAGGGGGACUACCUGAGCUCAGACGAGGACCUCCUCCCCAGCCCGCUGCCUCCCAGCGCUCUUUACCCCAGCCUGUCCGGCCCGUGUCACCCAUCUGCCCGCCUCGACAGCGAGGGCAGCACGGACAGCGAGGCAGAGGAGCGGGUUCUGACACACCCGGACCCACAGCAGCUGUAUGGCAGCAUGGUGUGCGCCGAGGCGCUGGAUAACUGAAACCUGCACGGGGUGUGUCGGUUUAAUUGGAUUUCUUUGAGCUAAAGAGACGCUGGAGCUUCUACUGUAAACUGGGGCUGUAUUAUCUAAUCCAGUCCUCCUCCUCGGCUUUUCCAGUGUUUACCGUUAACUUGAUGCAGAGAUUGUGGCAUUGAUUGGACCUCUUCUGAUCAUCAACCCGUGAUCUCUCUGCUCCUACUGUCUCCACCACCUUGUUCCCCACACUGUCCAAUCCUGUGUCCCCUGAUGAAGAGGUAAUGUAAAGCCUCCUUCCUUGUUCCCACGUGUAACCGUGCCAGAAAGCAUCCAAACACAAACAUAUGACACACAAACAGACAAAACAGACUAAAACUGGACCAGCAAGACUGUUGUUGCCUCUUGCUGCUCAAGAUCGACCACUGGACCUGAACCUGUGACUGUGACGAGGAGUGAAACAUGGGUAGACAGAAAAUAAGUAUUCCCUCUCUAUAAACUGAGUGAUAGACACUUGACACACUGUAUGCUCUGUCUACCCUUAUAUGACUCUCCCUCCUGAUUGGUUCAGAGUUAAAUAGAUCCUUAUCCUCUCUUUUCCCUUUUUAUGCUCUCAUUAGGAAGACCAACACAAAAAAAAACCUUCUAUCAGCCAUCCAUUUACCUCUCAGUAGAAGUGUUGAAGUAAAACGUUUAUGGUGGUGAGUAUGAGAAGGAGAGGUGCAGUGUAGGAAUAUGUACACAUCAAACAGGCAUUCAUUAAUGACUCAUGAACACUUUAACAAACUAAAUAUAUGUGUUGUCUGUGGCUGGCAGACGACAAGAAGCCAAGUGAGUUAAUACAACAGCUCAUUUCAAAACAUAUUCACCCACAAAACAAGGAAGGAAGAAACUCAGUGUUGCCAAAUCUUUUGUUUUGUUUUGUUUUGUUUUAAUUAUUUAUAUGUUGUAAUUUAUUUUGAUAUUUUUUUUAUUUUAUUUUUUAUAUAUCUGUAUGAAACUAUAGGAGUGUAGAGAUACCGACAGAGGCCAAACUUUGUACACCGUCCUUUGUGCCAACUAGUCGUCUGUUACAGGUUCACUGUGACACUGAUUGUUUCAGAGACAGGAAAUGUGCUGCUAUGAUUUUGGAUUUACUCCUUCCAUUUUGUUUUUUCUGUUCCCUUUUGUUUGUGUAAUCUUCGUGAGGUGAACAUGUAACCUCCUGGUAACUCUGCCAUAGAUUAGGGUGACAACAACUGUGCAGACUGAUCAGAUAUGAAAACUGAGCAGUUGAACUCGAUUACUCCCUGGAGCUUCAUUUAGCAAUGAUGGGAACAAUUUGGUUUUCUUAAAAGCCAAUCAUGAUCAUUGUGUAUGUGUGAGUUAAAGCAAUAGUUUGACAUUUUAUAACAUGUAUUUGCUUUCCUGCUGAGAGUUAAAUGAGAAGUCUGACACCACUCACUUAGCUUAGCCGGGCAUAAAGAUUUCCUGUGCACAGUCAAGAAAAAGUCCAGCUCGUAAACUUGUGGUUACACAGUUUUUGGACGAGGCUAAAGAGCUGUAUUGUGGACACAAUUGUGGUACAAUGGUAAAUGCUAAAAUAUAGAGGGGCGAAUUUACAAAGAAUGGAUUGUGGCGACUGAAAGCACCAUGAAUUGCGCGUCACUUGCAACUGCGAUCUGCCCCAUCUCAAGGUCCAAUUCACAAACUUUUGCAUCUUAUUGCAAUUAUCCAUGUUGCAGAGCAUAAAUGUUGUGGCAAGUACACAGAAGGCAGGACAUUGACAGAGAGACAAAGAAAUUUGAAAUGUUCAGACUGUAAGCUGCAGGUCUUGACCAAUGAGGUGCGGAGGUAUUCCUCAAAACUUUAGGUAAGGAAUUUAAAUGUGCCUGAGAGAAGCUGUAAAUGGGAUUAAAAAUCCCAGUCUGUCAGUGCUGUUAGCAUUUUUAAACGCACAUGCCUGGCCUGCCAUGAUCACUGGAAAAUCUGGGCAUGACACUGCUUAUAAAUGCACUUGACUUACUAACAUCUCUUUUAAAGACACUAAUAAAUUCACUGUCACUGCGUCUGGCUGUAAGCACUGAUAUUUGUAAUUUGUACUCUUACAUUUUCUGAUAGAAAAUGGCUGACUUUGCACCAAAUGUGUGCAUAGCCUAUUACCUAAUUUAAAACCUUGCAAACAGCACAGGAGCACCAAGAGGCUAUUUGCUUUGCAGCACAGUUAGGGGCGCAUUUCAUCCUUUAAAUGUGCUUUGAGAAUUACAGAGCUUGUUUUCGUCUUAUUUGCGCAGGAUUAGCACAACUGCACAACAAUCUGAUCCCCGGACCGCCUGACUCCCCUCCAGACCAGUAACCUUUCUGGUGCGGCUGUCAUUGGAGCCACUCUCCUCCUAGUGAGUCUCCUGUAUAGCAAGAGCUAACACAGCAGCAGGGCUGACACCCAACUCUGAGGUGUUCAAAAGUCCCAACAAACUCAACACUAAUACCGAAAUAGCUCGACUCUGUCAUUAUACCCUUUAAUAAUUGUUAGGUAUGUUACCCAUGUGAUGCUAACAGUUAGCCUUGUCACCAUGUGUGUUCCCACAACACUGUUUUGCAAGGACCCUGUUUCUGCAUACUGGGCUCAGCGCGGCCCAGGACGAUUGUGAUUGGUUUACAGAAACGCAAAAAAUCCAGAGCGUUUUUCGUCUAAAGCAGAAUGGUAAUAUGGUGAUUUCAGACCUUUCUCAAGUGGUGACACAGUGAAGGUAAGUCUGGCUACGUGAGACUAUACAAGGCCAAGUGAAGCUGUAAAAACCUUGAUAGUACUGAAUUGGACAAACCUUUUUUUUAGGGUAUUUUUAUUGCUAUUUAUUUCAACUUUUAAGUUGAAAAAGGAAGAGUUUAUUUUCUCUUUAAAGUGACAGUUUCUUUAGUCGCUUUCAACAAACAUAUGUCAGUUAGCGUUAGCUCUUUGGGCAGAGCCAGGCUAGCUGUUCACCUCUGUUUCCAGUCUUUAUGCUAAGCUAAGAUCUUCAUAUGUAACAAACAGACAUCAAAAGUGGUGUCAGUCCUCUCAGUGUAUUUCCCAAAAUGUCAAACAAUUCCUUUAAAUAUCAGUGUCCCAUACAAGCCAAAAGAAAUCCAGGUAACAGUGCUGAUCUGGAAUCACCAGUUCAUGUGCUCAUAUCACUUUUUGACAGCUAAAACUGCAGCAUGUGGGCCGAUGAAAGUGGAGGGAGUGGUUAAUAUCAUAAGGAUGCCAACAGGUAGUGUGUGGGUGGAAAAUAUUUUACAUAUCAAACAUUAAUAUAUUCUGUGUAGAAAAAAAAGGUGUAAAAUGUAUGGAGAGAUAUGAAAUAUACAGUGUUACAGGAACAAAAGUAUGUAGAUAAGAUUUAAAGCUGUAUCACUGUCAGUCACGUCUUACUGAAGGUGGUGAGUGUGUAUAGUUUUAUCAAACAGGGUGUCAUAUGUAGAGCAGUGAUCUGCUUUUUGCACUACAGGGAAAGUGGAAGUCUCUGCUCAUGACAUUAAGCAGUGAGAGAUGGUGUGGAUGAAUGGAUUCUUGGUGGGAUCAUUUCUUAUUAUAUUCAGCUCUCCUGCGGGACCUUGACGUUAUCUGAGUGCUUUGCUCCGAGAUUAUCCAUCCUGACUUUGUAUUGUGCUUCAUUAUUCCUCAGACAGACGUCGAAGGAUUUUCUCUAAAUUCUCUUAAAGCCCACUUUCAUCACUAACAUUUCCGUGCAAUACAAAUGAAGGAAUGGUAAAGGAGGGAAUUAUUGCCAUGUUUGAAGAAAUAAGGAAAUUGGAUUUUCCAGUAAUGGCCAUCAAAGAGCUAAAGAGGAUGUUGGUUUGCCCACCAUACUGUUGCAGAUAACAGCCUUUUAGUGGUCAUUGGUGGAUGGAGCAACUAAAAUCUCUACACUGGAGUCAGUGUUUGGAUGUCGUCAAACUAAAUGAGCGUUGUACGAAUGGUUUCAGUUGAGUUCCCUCUAGUUCGUAGUAUGUACAGAUUGGCAUUGGCUCUGUCGAGCAUGAAAUUUAGGCCCCUAUUUACUUUGGGUCAUAACUGGCUGAAUUUCUCUCAAAGUUAUAAUCCUUGAGAUUUUUAUUCUGUAAUUUUCUUAAAUUUUUGCUAGCAAUAGCUAUUCAAUGCAUUUACAUUCAGUAAAUGCCUUGCUAUAUAGUUAAUUUUCAGUGUAAGUAUUCAAUCUGACAUUCACAUCCUUUUCAUGCAUGCCAUGAUUGGCCAGCUGUGCAGAGGUAAGAAAGUAAAUUGGGUUUGAAAUUCAUUCUGUCACUCUUAAUGUGUACACACACAACUGGAUAUUUACCUGGACAAUGUCAAGGUUGGGUGGUUUAAACAGCUAUAAACACUUCUAGUGCUAAUUGCUUGACCCUUAAUCUACAUUCACAUCAAGGGGCUUAACACUCAAGUUUAUCCCCAGAUCAGAUUUUUCUGCCUAGACUAUUCACAUUUAUGUUUGAAGUGACACAUAGCCUAUCUGACAUCAGUGUUACAGGAUAUCUGCCCCUUAAACACCUCAGGUGACCAAUAACUUCACACACAUAAAACAACAACAAAAACCAUGACAUUUGCCAAACAGACAUGGGGGAAACAUGAAUGACAUAGUGGUGCAAACGUUCAUGUCUUCAAUGAUUUGUAUGGCAAUUCCUCAUAUGUUGAGGAGGGCACUGCCCACUUUUCUGCGAUCGACAUUUUUCAGACGAUCGAGGCUUAGGGAUCAUGAACAGUCAGAACAGUGGCAUGAGGGUGAGAAGACGAAGGUACGCAAUGCCGUAGCUUUGUUAGCAUUGCUGGUAGUUACGUGGCGAUAGAGUUGUGGGAGCAGGGGGAGUCAGGAGUGGUGGGGCCGCGAUGCCGAGGGUUUCAUGGAGUAACAGUUCUUCCAAACCUUAGGAUGUCCAGGGCUACAUUCCAAUGUCGGCGCCUCACGACAAUGCUAUCAUGGCAUGUAGGCAACCAACCGUUCCAACACUGUGCGGUGAGUGAUCUCUACCUGUGCAGUGAAGCAUGGCAUGGAAAAACCAUGAAUGUAUGGGAAAAACAUACGUGAAUUUCCGAUAUCUCUCACAUUGGUUGCAUGGCCAUGUAUCGGAUAUGUAUCAGAUCUAGAUCUACAUAUGGAAGUGGUCCAGAUCUGAUUGAAAUAAAUCAGAUAUCUGUGUCCAUACUGCUCUGAAAGAAUCAGAUUUGGGCCAUAUUGGCUUGUAAUGGGAAUGUAGCCAUACACGUCUUUAUCAAAACAUUGUGAAGCGAUAGAUCUUCUCAGCCCAUGAUUUGUUUGGCUGCACUGUAAACAAAUGGACAACUUCUUCUGGUUAAUUUCUGACAGAGUAACCACAAAGCAUGUUUCAAACUGAUCUCUUGGAGUCAUAUCAUUAAAAGGUAUUUGCCAAUUCCACCACUAACUGCGGGUGUUGCCAGAUCUACCAUGACAAAAUUCGCAAGGAUUAUAACUUUGAUGUUUCAGCUUGGAUUUCAGUCAAAAAAAUAAGAGUGCAUAGAAUAAUUGUAGGAAUCUGUCAUUUGGGACUGAGUAUCGGUUUCCUUUCCAAAAUUAACCCUAACUGGACUCAGAGCAAUGCUCAGUGUCCUUCAACACAUCUGUACACUGCUGUCCAGUGAUGGUGCUCUGUUCUCACCACUGUCUACAUACAACUCUAUCUACUGUGACGAAACAUUUUGAUAUGUUUGUAAAUUACUUUUUGAAUAUGGUACUAGCUCUCAUCCUUAAUAUUAUUUUUAUAAUUACCAUCAGUACUUUGGUUUCUCCUGCUAACAGCAUUACACGAGACCAUGAUGAUCAAUAUCAUAAUGUGCCAUAAAGGUAGGUAGAUUUACACACUAUGCUAAAUGACUUCAUGUAUGUUUAACGAGGGUUUCAUCGACUAGUCGGCCACUACAGCCCUUCAUUAAACAGCCAUGUAAUAUAAAGUCAGUGAUGUGUGGACUGAAAUACACUCACACUGUGUUCCUCCAGAUUUAUCAUCUUGAACCUGGAACGUACACACUCGUUUUCCCUGAUUUAAAGCAGGAAAUAAGACAAUGCAGCGCAAAACAGUGUGUCACAAGAUUCAAAGAAGGCACUGUUCCAGCUGGUUAGUCAGGUGUAGGAUUUAUCAGAAUUAUGUGCUGUAUGUGACAGCUGUUUGAUAUCCACAGCAUCAUACCCAGGAACCUUGUCCACCCUCUCUCUUUCUGUCUUGCAAUUCAACUGAUGUUGUUAUCAAAUAUAUUAAAUGACAGUAAAGAUUAUAUAAAUUCCAGUAUGAUGGGGGAAAAAAAUACAUUUCAGUGUUCUGUAUCCUAUGAAUGAUACAAAAUAAACUUUGACAUUGCACCUUUG